AUGCCUAAUAGAAGAGCGCUCAAAUUGGUAAAAUUAUGUCUCGUCGAUAGCACAAAUGACCCACCUGAUACUCCUCCACCACAAAACGAGGUAUUCGAAACAAUCAUUAAUAACGGUUCUCUGCAAGAUUUUACUUCGUUAAAUCCUUCAUCACCAAUAAACGAGGUGAUAGGAUCAACCAUAAGUGACACAAUAAUAUCUCCACAUGUUUGUAUAUCUCCGGAUACCAUAUUUUCACAACACGAUAUAUUGCAACCAGUAGUUCCUAACACAUUGCCUUCGCUAGAAGUGCCAUCAUGUUCAAGUUCAAGUAGUUCAAGCCGCCGUAGCAGUAAUAGCCGAGCAACUGACAGUGCCACCACUUUAUCCAUAACAACAGAUAGAUUCGAUACUGACCUUUCUGAUUCAGACACCAUUAUAAACUGUGAUUUGGAAGCAAACACAUCUAGCCAUCAGGAUGUGUUCUACGGGGAUAUGAACGAUGGCACUCGUCGUAGACGCAAAGCGAAUAAGAGUUUGUGGAAGAAGAAUUUAAAUCAACAUUUGCGCAUGAAAGGUAAACCUUAUUUGGGUUACUCGCGUCCAAAUGGAAAUAAAAUGAAACAAAACAAACAUCGAGGAGGAAGGAAAAUGGGAAGUCGAUGUGAUUCGGAGUUUUGUAGAAAAAGCAAUAAAAGACAAUGUGCAGAUAUAACAGAUGAAGACAGAACAUGCAUUUUUAAUAAAUUUUGGAAUGAAAUGAACUGGGACCAGCGUAGAGUAUUUGUGGCUAACCAUGUGACCUGCAAAGAAAAGAAAAAAUGCACAGUCGAGAAGGAUUCCCGACGUAAGAUUACCUUUGAAUAUAGCUUGUCUGUAACGGAUUCUAGUGGAACUACCAGUAUUAAAAAGGUAUGCAAACAGAUGUUUUUGAGCACAAUUGACAUCGGACCAUUUUCAGUGCGAUCGUGGGCUAAGUCUAGUGAAUAUGGGAUGUAUGAAUAUCAAGAGAGUAGGGAAACAUCCAGAGGUAGGCUUAUUGACUCUGGAAGAAUAGAAAGAUUGGCUGUGUUACAUGAGUUUUUCGAUUCCUUACCGAAAAUGCCAUCACAUUAUAAUAGAAAAAAUACAAAUAAAAUAUUUUUAGAACCUGUAUUCCAUUCUAUAGCAAAUCUUUACAAAAUUUACAAAAUCUUCUGUGAAACUCGUGAUGCCAUUCCAUACUCAAUGAGAAUUUUUAAUAAUAUGUUUAAGGAAAAAAAUUUAGCCAUACAUCAGCUAAAAAAAGAUAUGUGCGAUACUUGCGAAGGCUUUAAGACAGGAAAUGUAACUGAUGCAGAUUAUCAGGCUCAUCUUAUUCGAAAAGAUAGUUCAAGAGCUGAGAAAGCUAGAGACAAGCAAGAGGCUAGUGAGGAUACGUCGACUUGGCGAUAUAGUUCAAUUAGGCCCGGGAGAAAGCCAGGAGACCCGAAGGUGACGGACAUAAGAGCUCUGAUGUAUAUUCCAGAGGGUCAGAUACAGUUUAAAACCAACCACUCUGAUGAUUGGCAAUGUUUGCCUCAGAGAUCGAAUAAGUCAGUUCCUAUUGUUACGCAAUAUAAACAGCUUCAUAAUAAUAAACUUCCAAUUACUAAUACAAAAUUUAUACACUUGCAAGAAUUGAAAAGUGUAAUUCCUGUGGAUUGUCAUGCUUUUUAUGAUGAUUUACCUCACGAU